GGGCGCCUUCCUCGGCAAAAUACAACCGAGAUUCAGUCGAGUUGGGAACUUUGGUGUGUCCACACAGUAGUUUUGCGUUCGAUUUUUCUUAAGAAAUUUUUGUGCUAUAGCGGUUAAUAAAAUACCAAGUUAACCCACUGAAUAUAUAUAAUAUACAUUAUAUAUGUGAAAAAUAGAACUUCAAACUGAGGAAAAAUAAUUCAAUUUCACGGCGUGUUGUUGUGGUGCCGAUAAAUAAACCCAUUUAAUGUGGAAAAAAUAAAAAAAAAUCCAGAUAAGUUGUGCACUUCAUAUAAGAACUUGUUGAUUUUGCAUAAGACUGGACACUGUCGCGAAAUACCGCAUUUGUGCUUUUUUGCCGCAACCGCCAACCCUGAAGUUCAAUUAAAAGAGAAUAAAAACGAUUUUUUUCACUGGAAAACACUUGGUGUGCAUGAGAGUCAAUUUAAAGUCUAAUUUUUGUGAUAAUUCAAUUUAAAAUCCACUGUUAAUUCCCAUUCAAAGUGAACUUAAUUGUGUGCCUGGGUUCUUCCUGUUUGUUUGUACCACCACCGCAGCAGCAGCAUCAGCAGCAUAAGCAAGAUCUUGAGGAUUUAAGAGUCUGCUUGCAUUUGCCAUCAGCAUCGGUUGUCCAGAUGAUCAUCGGUUAAUGGCUAAAUAUCCAACGUUGAGUGCGCGCAACUGAUGAACCUGCAAAGGAAAGAGAGCAUAUUUGAAGAAAUCUUCGGCAACUUGUAUUGGCUCUUCCAUUAAAAUUAUUUGCCUGGCCUUUUCAUCUCACUGCGAGACACUCAGGUUGAUUGCAAAUUCAGAGCACGACGCAGUGAAGCUCCUGGAUUUCCACGGAGGUGUUCUGCACACGGAUCAGUGGAGAUUUGCAUGAGUCGUGUGCUGGCGAGCAUACACCCUACCCUUUGGACGAAAUGUGAUCGGGGCUUAGGAUACUCUGUGGCUACAAAGUAAUCAAGCAGGAGUGUCGCAUUGCAAGACAAGCAAAGCCCUCCACGAACCCACAGUCAUGGCAGCAACAGAUGGUCAAAUAAUUCUCGCUGCUUCAAGAUUUGGAGACACGGUGCCAGUUUAUCUCAGGGAAUUCGCAAAGACGCCACUUCCAGCUGUGGCUAAAAUUGUCAAGGGACAGCAUCAUAAUUUGGGCGUGCCAACACUCUCAAAUCCAUCACUCCAGAGUACGGCGCUCUUCCUCACAGCCGGCAGGAAGUACCAGAUUCUUGCGCAACCCAUCAAAAUUAAGGAAGGUCGUAAAACAACCAAUGUCGGUCCAAAGGUCCUCAUCCCAGAAACAUAUCCAGGAUACUUUGAACUACUAAGUGAAGAUGGUAGAUCAACGAGGUGCAUCGAUACGGUGCUGGAUUUGUCAAAACGCCGAAACUUCCGCGUUCUCGUGCGUGAGACAUUUAGGUGCAAUCACAACAGCAAAACCGUUCACGCUGGAGAAAUUCUCACGACACUCUCCGACAAUGGCAAAUAUUUGCAGUGUCGCACAUCCAAAGAUGAAAUCGUCAAUCUGCCACUUGAAGCCAAAGCAAAAUUCUCACCCAUUGCAAAGGAGGACAGCAUUAGUGGCGUUCACACCGUUAAGAAUCUUCUGCAGAAGAGAAUGCCAAUCGUUGUGAGGUUAGUCUACGGGAGUGCUCCGAAAGGUCUCAAGACCCCCUUUGUACCGGAAUUACGCCUCCUUGGCUGUGUGGAAGUUGAUCGUGUUUUUGCGCUGCCAUUGCAGAAGGACAUGGACCUCGUGUCGGUGCCUCUGAAUGUGAAGAUUAAACUUCAGCGUGCCAAAAAUAUGGAGCAGUUGGAGAACUUCAUUGAGUAUAGUCGCUUCCUGGAGAAGGCACAGCGAUUGCUGGCAGAUGCACGUGAUCGCCUUCAGGUAAUUGAUCUCAAAUUGUCCGAAAAGAAGGAGUCAUCGAAGCACAGUAGUGUCAGUCGGAAGCCCUUGCUACUAACUACAUGCGCUGAAAAUGGCUAUGUCCUGCGCAAGAGUGCCAGCUGUGAAUCCUCCAAGUACAUGCAGUCAUCGAAUUAUGGUACAAUUGCCGAUGAAUAUGAUGAAAUUGAUCAAAUAUAUGACUAUGUGAGAGGAUUUGCACCCCUACCGAAGAGUGCAGCACGCAUUGAGGCCAUACAUGAGCCACCAAUUGGCACAUCAAAGACAAGUGAGAUCUCAAAAUCAACGCAUGUUGAUAAUUCGGGUACGUACAGCAGCCUCAUCAAUAGGAGUGUUAACAACAAUAGCCAGGAACAUAAACCACUGCACCACCAUCAUCAUCAUCAUCACAAUCAUGGCCAUAGCUUCCCAACGGACGAUGGGAAGCCAAUUCCUCCGCCAAUUGAGACAAUCCCCGGUAAGAAGUUGGCAGAGAAGCGACAGAGACCCACGUUACCAAAGCUUUAUGUGAAAAAUGGCGUCGGCCAUAGCCAGAAGUCGCCAAAUGGAAAUACGCCAGUAAUCACCGCAAAUGCAAAAGAGCCGCUCGAGCCGCAGAGUCCUCUAUUCCACAUCAGAUAUAAGAGCUUGAGUAGCCUCCAAUUGAACACGGACUCCCAUCCAACCACACCGAUCUCCACGACACCCAAGAGCCAGGAAAAGUGUCAUCAGCUGACAAAGAGUGCCAGUGCUGGGCGCGAGGGGACACUCGAUUCGUCACGCAGCGGUGGACGUACAUCGGGUGACUCUAAGUUGCCGGAAAAGAAGACGCGACGUCUCUCCCGGCCACGCAGCCUCUCAAAUCUCGUCUGGGAGCUUCGUCCACAGAAGGACAAAUCCAAGAAGAAGCUGUACGUCCAUCAAUUUCACGACCAUCGGCACCAGGGGACACUCUACCUAUAGAACAUGUGAAAAGAAAUUCAUCAAAGCUGUGCAAAUGAGGCAUAAAGAUUUCAACAGUUUCAAUUAACUGGCCGAGGUGGAAAUAAGCACAUAAAGAAAGCUAUAUAGUCCCUACGCAGGAACACCAUCAAGAUGGAGCCUCAGAAGAGAUAUUAUAAAGAAAAACCAGUAGAUUUGUCGCUUUUAAGUGUCAAUUUUAAAUUUGAAUGAUAAAGAAAAAAUUAAGCAAUUGUGCUUCAUUUUAGAUUUUAUGAUUUUGCUUGUAAGUUUUUGAGUCUUUUUGAUGUGAUUUAUAAAAUGAAAUGUCUUAAACAAAAAAGAACAUAAUUAGCAUGUAGUUUAUGCGGUGGAAAAUAUUCUUCCAUCCAGCAAUUCCAUUCACUUUAUAAAGUGAUUUUUUCUAUAUAUUAGGUAUAUUUUAUUGUCGAUUGUAAGUGGAUCCACACACUUUUACUUUUGGUAAAAAAAAUCUUUUACACACACAAAACUUAGAUUUUAGACACUCCUUUUCCCUUUUAGAUAUUUUCAUGUAGUAGCAGAUUUUUUUUUAAAAUUCUUUCUGCAAAAUGCGAAAAAUUCAAGUUCGUCUGCAUUUUGCCCAUGGCGUCCACAUUAUUUGUGUGUAAGGACGCUGUGUGCCGCCAUUGCAGAUGAAAUUUCUAUUUUUCGCAUCCUUUGUGCAACGUGCGUCACAAUUAUUGCAACAAUUUACUGUACUGAAAUAAGGUUUAUUGAUUUUUUUUACAGUGUAAUGACAUUUAAUGAAAAAUAAAUUUCCUUCAAAUCAUA